GUUUAAAUAGUUAACCUCUGAUUACUGAGAGGCUACACACACAAUAUUCUCUUCGCUACUAUAGAUAUCACUAUUAUCGGUAUCUUCAUCACCACUCACUGUCCCUCACGGCCAGUGCCUUGUCCUGCCUAGUGCAGCGCGGCUCACGGACUGGUGGGCAAGUUCCGGUACCAGUACCAGUAAUACCGGUACCAGCCUUAACGGUACUGUACCAGUAAAAUUUUCCGUACCGUUAAAUAGCCGAAACGGUACUGAGCAAAUUGUAUACAGCGUGGAGGUGGCUCAAGGCGAGCGGUGAUGGGUAAGAUGGUAACAUUGAGUCAUUCCCACUCGGUACCGCUCCACACUGGUACCGACUGGCUGCCCCGGCGCGUCGGCGCGGUUUCGGUACCUCGGUAGCUGCUGCUUCCUACCGCUAAGAAUGAAUAAUGUGUCGGCACCACUCGGCGAUCCUACACGUGCAUACUGGCUGUCUGACACUUGCUGUUACCCACUCCUAGCCAGCCAGCGAUUCCUACACACAUCUAUCAAAAGCUGAACACAUACCAAGAACAAUCUCUUCUCUUACCUUCUUGACCUUAUACCAUAACAAUAUUUCUGCUGCUAAGAGAAGGAAGCUUAUCGGCAAACAACUCGCGAGUGAAAAUGACCCCACAGGAGGUCACUUGGCAGUCCUUGUCUGUUGACCUGGAAUGGGGGAGACUGUCAGGCAAAGUUGGUGUUGUUGGGAGCAAGGAUUCCAUGAGCAGCCUGAGAAUUCUUGGUGUGCAUGGCUGGCUGGACAAUGCCAAUACCUUCGACACACUUGCUCCCUUCCUGCCAAUGGGGACGGAGCUGCUGGUGCUGGACCUGCCGGGACACGGACACUCGGACCAUCUGCCAGUCGGUGCACACUAUGACAUACUCUCAUAUGUCCUGCACCUGAAGAGAGCAGUGGAUAAAUGUCGGUGGGACAAAUUCAUCCUGGUCGGUCACAGUAUGGGCGCUUGUAUAAGUAAUGUAUUCACUUCUCUCUUCCCUGAGCAAGUGAUAGCCUUUGUCAGUCUGGAUUACAUUAGACCACGAAAGACAACCAUUGAUUCCAUUCAGCAGAACAUUUCAGUGUUGUUCAAGGGAGAGACGCUGAGGAAACAGAAGCCAGUUGUGUACAGUGAAGAGCAGGCCAUUGAGCGUUUGAUCAAGGCGAGGACAAACUUGGGGAUCAACGCAGCCAUUGACAGAGAUGCGGCGUAUGUCCUCCUGCCCAGAUCCGCAAGGCAGGUGGAAGGUGGAUAUGCAUGGAGUCAUGAUCCUCGGGCCCGGGCAAACUUCCAGGCCACAUUUGGCAAGUCAUGGUACACAUACACAUCCCAAAUCAGAUGUCCAGUUUUGAUUGUGGCGGCCAACCACGGCAUAGUCACCAGUGCUGUGCGAGAGGUCUUUGAGGAGGCUCUUGCUGUGUACCGCAGCAAUGCCCAGUGGCUUGACGUGGUGGCAGUGGAUGGGUCACACCACGUCCACCUCACACACCCAAAGAGAGUAGCCAAGCCUCUCGUAGCCUUCCUUCACAGAGUGGUUAAGGAGACUGCUCCUGCCCUGCCCCUCCAGGCAAGAUUAUGAUCUGUAUCUGGGAGUGUUGCUUGUGACAAACACCUGACUAGGGGUGCAUCUCAGAUCAGAGGAAGUGCACAUGCCUGGCACAUUAUUCAACACUGAAUUAUGCAUUUUCCUGUCACUUCAAGUGGAAUGAUACUAGCCAAACAAGAAUAUUUAGUGUCUUUCAAGUGCUUUAUUACAGCACUAUUGCUGGUGCAAGUAACCAUGUGCUGGACACAGAUGAGUCACUUGUCAGAACAGACAGUGUUGGCAGUGACAUUACUUAAGAAAGGCAGGAAUUUUAUUUAUUUAGCAUGAUGGAAAACUAAACUGGCAAACAAAAUGUAUGCUUCACUAUCAAUGCAAUGUUAUGUUAUUAGUAGAAAAAAAUAAAUAAAAUAAAAUAAAAUAAAU